GAAGUAGAACAGAAAUCGCUUGGCGCUCAGCUUACAGUCCAGCAGCACUACAAUAAUCUCUAAAAUGAUUCAUCAUCGGUCGGGCUGGAAUUUCUUGCUGCUUGUGGGGCUGCUGGCCGGCAAUGGAGUUUGGCUGGUGCACUCGCAGGUGCCCUUUCCCGGACAGUGUCCGGAGGUCAAAAUAAUGGACACCUUCGAUGUGGAUUCGUACUUGGGGAUCUGGUACGAGCACAGCAAGUAUCCGUUUGCAUUCGAAAUCGGCAAGAAGUGCAUCUACGCCGACUACGAGAUCAUCGACAAUGCCACGCUGUCCGUGGUGAAUGGGGGAAUCAAUCGAAUAACUGGCAACCCCUCGAACAUAAGCGGAACCGCCAAGGUCAUAGGCCCCGCCCGGCUGGCUGUGGCCUUUUUCCCCGGCCAGCAAACGUCGAAACCCAACUACCUGGUUCUGGGCACCGACUACGAGUCGUACUCCGUUGUCUACAGCUGCACUAGCGUGACAUCUCUGGCUAAUAUCAAGCUCGUUUGGAUCUUAACCCGCGAACGUGAGCCCUCGGCGGAGACCAUUGCGUCGGCCAAAAAGAUCUUGGAGGAGAAUAAAAUCAACCAAUCCUUCCUCAUCGACACCAUUCAGAGCAAUUGCCCCAAACUGGCGGCAAACGGCACGGACUUCGGCGUCGAGGAUCUCACAGAGGACCCCGUCGAUGAGUUUGUCGGCACUGUGCUGCCCAAUGCCAUCGACAAGGCAUGAGAAUGGCUGCGACGCUUCUACUUGCGUCUCUACAACAUCUUUAUGAACUUUCUGAGCUCCUAAAUUUACUGUUUCGAACCCUGUACAUACGUAGAUGGAUAGAGAAAUGUUAUCAAAUGUAGUAUGAUAUAUUAUUCGUUAAAGCAUGGAAUAAAAAACAUAGUUUCGGUUAUGGAAAAGA